GAUUGGACGAACCCAGUGACUCCUAUAGUGAGCGCCUCUGGGGGCCAAUCCACGUGUAAACAAUGACAGCCUACAACACGAUGAAGCUCACCUUGAAUAAAGUCGUUAAUGGUACCCGGCUCGGGGUCAUCAACAACUUGGGCAAGAAUGGGGACAAGAUCCUGGAGUUACCUGGUUGUCUUCUAUACACAAAGACAGGAUCUCCACCUCACCUCACACACGACACCCUGCAGACUAUCGAAGGCGUUCCACCUGUAGCUCACAUUACUCUUUCCAGUCUAGCAGAGCACCAGGAGGUUUUGGAAGAAUAUAAAGAGGGCAUUGCAAAGUUUGCAGGUAUGCCUGACACUGUGCUGUAUUGCUCAGUUAAUGACCCGGUGACCCCAAGUCCUGCAGGGUACAACACUAACAAGACCGUGUCCGUGUGGGGAGGAGGUGGACGCCUGGAACUGACAUCCCAAAAGUUCAUGGCUGCUCAGCGCGCACUGCGUGCAGACUGGUUCCAGUGUCUGUCUGAUGGCGAAGUGAUGACCGCCGACAACUCCAAGAAAAGGGCGAAGAAAUCUGUGGAUCGCUCACUUGUAUUCUUGGAUGAGUGUCUUCAACUGCUCGCUGAGAGUGAGGUGCUAAAGCAAAGCGUGGUGAUCGGUGCCAUAGAAGGAGGUGACGUGCUGGCAGAAAGGCUGAGGUCGGCCCGGGAAACCGCCAAGAGGCCCGUCGGAGGUUUCUUGUUAGACGGCUUCCAGGGGAGUUCGAUGAGCAGGGAGACUAAGCUGAGCCUUAUUUCGUCCAUCACUGCAGCGUUACCCGAGGACAAGCCCAGGUUCAUGCAUGGUGUUGGCCGGCCAGACGAGCUGCUGGAGUGCAUUGAGAGAGGGGUGGACUUGUUUGACUGCAGUUUCCCUUAUGAAGUGACUGAGCGCGGCUGUGCCUUGUCUUUCAACCACUGCUACAACCCGGACCCUGAGACCGCAGGUGGCGUUCAAGGGACAGAUUCAGAUUAUACCGCAGGGGCCGAUGUUUUGGACGAGAGUGAAACCCGUGAGGAGGAGAGUAACGGGAAUGUUGUAACAGAGGAUCCAGAGAUCGAUCGGUCGGGAAUGACGUCAUUUGAAAUUUGUUUAAAGGAGAAAAGGUUCCGUGAAGACUUUAGGCCAUUGCUGCAGGGCUGUACGUGCUACUGUUGCAGAAACCACACCAGGGCAUACGUGCACCACCUUCUAAUGUCCAAAGAGUUACUAGCCGGGAUCCUUCUCAUGAUCCACAACUUUCAGCUGUACUUUAGCUUCUUCCGGUCUGUGCGAGAUGCACUGAGAGACGGUAAACUGAGUGCCCUGAGUGAGAUCAUUCGGAGACAAGCUUCCUGAUCGAGAUUUUCCAGAGAUAAGCUUUUUGAGGAUGAUUUUCCAUAGACAAGCUUCCUGAUCGAGAUCGUCCAGGGACAAGCUUCACAAACUCUUUAGGAUAUUUAAACAAUAAUUCUUGUGUCUGUGUAUCAGCAGAACGUUUCCUUUCAAUUUGUACAGACUGGUUUUUACAUUCCUUCUUAUUGCAUCCUCCCCUUUCCUUCACAGAACAUCUAAUCAGUGUUAUCCUUUAAUUUGCCAUUAAAUGUGACCAUUGAUCAAUUCAUCUUCUCGGCUUUUACAUUCAAUCUAUCCCUGAUUAGGAACUUUAUUGUAUGUCACUACUUACACUCAGUGAUUGACAUAUAUCAUGGCGUGUAGCUAUGGUGACGGUAUGGUGAGUUGGUGCAGGUUUCAUUCACUAAGUUGACGAUCCCUGUUGCUGUUGGAGAAUAAAGAAACACAGGAGAAUGAAGAGAGGUUCUAAUGCUUGGUCGACCAUCUCUGCAUAUUACAGCCGCGACACAUCCUGCUCUUUUCACCUGAGUAUUCCUGAGGGUUAAAUCAAUUACAUAAUCGUGGUUAUUAUAAAUCGUAGGGAGUUCAAAAUAUACUCAAAG